GCAAAAGAGUCAGGUGAGGAUUCUGCCUCACAGCUAGGGUCUUUUGUUUGCUCUGAUAUAAAAUUCAGCCAUUUAUUUAUGAAAUUGAGACCCUUUCUUAGANUGAGGCAACUAAGGAUUUCCUUUCAUCUCAAUGAGAGAACAAGAUAUAGCACAAUGGAGUGGCUUCUGUGGCACCCGUCAGCAACCUCUGUGACACUGGGACCAAGUGGCUUUGAGGAAGAAUGCCGUAAGAGUAUGAGCCACAGCAGACAUGAACCAAGUGUUUAUGGCUGUAUUAGGUCUAGUGACUACUGAGAAUUUAUUUAAUGUUUUCAAUGUAGAUACCGCAUUUUCAAAAGACUGUGAAAAAACAGCUUUAUAUUUCCAGUGUUUCUCAGACAAUAAGAGAAAGAAUCUCUUCUGUCUGCAGGAGAUUAACUGUGUAGGUGGGAGUCAGCAGGUAGCCGGUUGAACCAUGAGCAUGAGAGCUCAAACACAGCCACAAGCAGUGUGAUGUUUAGUUUCCUUUUCAAAACUUACUUUCAGUCUAACAUUCAUGAGAUUUAUUAAUAGGUGUUCUUCAUAAGAAGUAUGGGUGUAUUUUCAGGUGCUUAUAGGAGACAAAAAGACUGCAUUUUGCAAUCAUAUUAUUACUUACUAUGUGGGUCAUGUCCCUCUCUUCCUAAAGGUCUGGUCCCCACAGCUCCUGAGCAACCUACAGAGGAAAUGGAAAAUCAAAUAAAAUCACCAACUGCUGUGCCUGAUGCUCCUCCUGACUACAAUUCUCAUUUUGCGCCAGGCCCUGCUGGACCAGUUGCCUCUCCUUCUNCAGGCUUGCCUAUGGGAUACUACAUUCCCCAGCAGCCCGGUGCCAUCCCCUUGUACCAUCCCACUGGUGGCACCCNUCCAAUCCAGUACCAGCCUGGCAAAUAUCCUGUGACGAAUCAGCCUGCUCCCAUAAUGUGGAUGCCAGGGCCAGCUCCUGUGCCCAACUGCCCUCCUGGUUUGGAAUACUUAGCUCAGUUGGACAACAUACAUGUUCUUCAGCAUAUUGAGCCUCUGGAACUGAUGACACGUUUUGAAACUAAUAAUAGAUAUGAUAUCAAGAACAACAUAGACCAGAUGGUCUAUAUCGUAACUGAAGACACAGAUGACUUUACCAGGAAUGCCUAUCGGAACCUACGACCCUUUGUGCUCCGGGUCACUGACUGCCUGGGCCGAGAGAUCAUGACCAUGCAGAGGCCUUUCCGAUGCACCUGCUGUUGCUUCUGCUGCCCCUGUGCAAGGCAAGAGGUCAGAGUUCAGUGUCAUUUCUCAUCUGAAAUUAUGUUUGUUCCUGCAUUAUAUAGGAUCACUGCACGAACUGCUUCUAUGAAAGGGGCAGAGCCACAUCCCCUGAUGCUUUUCAUAAAGCCCUGUUUGGCAUUGCAGAUCAACUCUCUAGAUGGCGUGUCUAACAUCGGCAGUAUUAUCAGGAAGUGGAAUGGCUUUUUAUCAACNAUGGUAAAUGCUGACCACUUCGAGAUUCGCUUCCCUUUGGCCCUGGAUGUGAAGAUGAAAGCAAUGAUUUUNGGNUCUUGCUUCCUCAUUGACUUCAUGUACUUUGAACGACCUCCUCAGCGACGUACAUCAAGAUAGAAGAUCAAACAAAUCAUCAAUCAAAAAACAAAAAAAAAAA